CCAGCACAUAUGUGAAUAAAAACUCAGGGACCUCAGGGACCUCACUGACGCUAGAUUUCGCUUUCCACAUACACCUACUCUCUUCAAUAUGUCUGCUCUCAAAGUCGCUGUGAAAUGGAGUGGGAAGAAGUACGACGUGGACGUGGACCUGUCUCAACCAGGGAUUGUCUUCAAGACGCAACUCUAUACCCUCACGGGGGUUGCGCCUGAACGACAGAAGAUUAUGGUGAAGGGAGGCACUCUGAAGGAUGAUGCGGAUAUGAGCAAAUUGGGACUGAAGGAAGGGCAACAGCUGAUGAUGAUGGGAACCGCGGGAGAGUUGCCAAAAGCGCCGGAAAAGCAAGUCGUUUUUAUGGAGGACAUGAGCGACGCUCAAAUAGCACAAACUCUGAAACUUCCAUCGGGCCUGGUGAACAUGGGCAACACAUGUUAUAUGAACGCAACUAUGCAAUGUUUCCGGGCCGUCCCCGAACUUCACAACGCGCUUGUCAAGAUGCCUACGACUAUCAGUAACGACAACCGCGGAAAUCUGGUUGUGUCAAUGCGAACGCUCUUCGACGAGCUGGACAAAUCCGGGUCAGCUGUGCCGCCACUAGUGUUCCUCCAAGUCCUUCGUGGAGUAUUCCCACAGUUUGGGGAGAUGAACAACCAUGGGUACAUGCAGCAGGACGCAGAAGAAUGCUGGAGUCAGAUUGUGCAUGUGCUAGGCGAAAAGGUCCCUGGACUUGAAGUGGGAGGCGAGCUCAACAAAGACAAGCAUUUUGUGGAACAAUACAUGAGUGGAGAGUUCCUCACCACAAUGACGUGCGAUGAAGCGCCAGAUGAGCAGCCAGUGACUGGCAUAGAAACUUUCAACAAGCUGCGCGUCAACAUUGGGUCGGGAGUCUCGACAUACAUGAUGAAUGACAUCGCAAAGGGGUUAAUCGAACCUAUUGAGAAGAACUCGCCCACCCUCGGUCGCUCUGCUAUGUACACCAAAAAGGCGAAGAUAACACGGCUUCCAGCAUACUUGGCCAUCAACUUCGUGCGUUUCCAAUGGAGACCCGAUAUCAACAAGAAGACGAAGAUUCUGAAGAAAGUGCAAUUUCCACACGAGCUGGACGCGUCUGAGCUUUGCACGAUCGAGCUGCAAGAGAAACUGCGCCCAGCAAAACUCCGCUUGAAGGAAGUGGCCGAAGCGAAGGAUGCAGAGAGGAAAGCAAAAAAGGCAAAGCUCGAAGACGGAGGGUCUUCUAGCGAGGAGGUAGCAGACGCACCGGUUGCCGGGCCAAACGAGAUUGAGAAGAUGAAGGAAAUCGGAGUAGAUCCCAGCUUAUAUAACGACGUCGGCGCAAACGUGUCAGGUCAAUACGAGCUAGUAGCAGUGCUCACACAUGUCGGCCGUGCCGCGGAUUCUGGACACUACAUUGGCUGGGUCAAGCAAAGAGGAAUUUGGUGGAAGUUUGAUGAUGACAAGGUCUCGCAGGUAGCUCCUGAUGAGAUUGAGAAGCUGAGUGGAGGAGGGGACUGGCACAGUGCGUACAUUGCCCUCUACAAAGCGAAGAGAAUCGAAUAGGGAAGCCGUUUCUGUCUCCGUCUCCACGCGCAUGCAUGUGUCAACGUAUGGCAGGGAGAAUGACUAGGGCCUUUUUGUAUUUACCCCUGUAUAUGUACCCGUGGUUUUGCCGACUCAUGUAAUGUUUCGACGGUGGCAAUGAGCAAGCGGGCUUCUCGAAUUGGUUCAUUGACGGCUGAGUUGUCGGACCCUGUUCGUAUCCAGCAUGGGUGCCCUGGAAUCUAGAGCAAACAAGCAAAUGAGGCUCUACGACCGCGGUGGACCUGGGCACUCUGGAUCACAUGAAGGGACAACGCCCCUUCCUUCAUCGGCCCCCGCUGUGACCAGUUGU